AUGGCGGUCAAGGUGCAGUCCACUAAACGGGGGGACCCAAUCGAGCUCAAAGCAAUCUUCCAAAAGUAUGCCAGUGAGGUGGAUAAAGAUGGAGAGAAGUUUAUGACCCCCGGAGAUUUUGUCCAGAAGUAUUUAGGAUUACAUGCGCAGAUUCAUCACAACCCCAAAACGGUCCAACUUAUUGCUGCUGUUGCUGACACUACAAAAGACGGGCUCAUCUCUUUCCAGGAGUUUCUCGCUUUUGAGUCGGCAUUAUGUGCACCGGAUGCCCUUUUCAUAGUCGCCUUUCAACUGUUUGACAAAAAUGGCACUGGAAACAUUUCCUUUGAGAAUGUGCGAGACAUCUUCAGUCAGACUACAGUGCACCACCACAUCCCCUUUAAUUGGGACUGUGAAUUUAUUCGGUUGCACUUUGGCCAUGACCGCACAAAAUGUCUCAACUACUUGGAGUUCACCCAAUUCCUUCAGGAGUUGCAAUUGGAGCAUGCACGGCAAGCAUUUGCCCAAAAGGACAAAGGUAAAAAUGGCGCCAUCUCUGCAAUGGACUUCAGUGACAUAAUGGCCACUAUCCGACACCACAUGCUCACACCUUUUGUGGAGGAGAAUCUUGUCUCAGCUGCGGGCGGUGGAACAUCCCAUAUGGUCAGCUUCUCCUACUUUAAUGCGUUCAACUCUCUGCUGAACAACAUGGAAUUGAUCAGAAAAAUCUAUAGCACAACAGCUGGCACAAGGAAGGAUGCUCUAGUAACAAAAGAGGAAUUUGUGCAUUCUGCCAAUAAGUUUGGACAAAUCACUCCAAUGGAAAUAGACAUAUUGUACCAGUUAUCUGGCUUGCAUUCUCCCUCUGGACGUCUAAACCUCGCUGACAUUGAACGGAUUGCCCCACUAGAGGAAGGCAGUCUGCCCUACAACCUUGUUGAGUCUCAAAAACCGGCUCAUGGAGAUGCUUCAAGGUCUGUGUGGGUUCAAGUUGCCGAGUCGGGCUACAGGUUUUUCCUUGGCUCCAUUGCUGGAGCUACGGGAGCAACAGCAGUGUACCCCAUUGAUUUAGUAAAGACGCGAAUGCAAAACCAGAGGUCAACGGGGUCAUUUGUUGGAGAGCUGAUGUACAAAAACAGCUUUGACUGUGCAAAGAAAGUGCUGCGUUAUGAAGGAUUCUUUGGCUUCUAUAGAGGCCUUGUUCCGCAGCUCAUAGGUGUGGCCCCCGAGAAAGCUAUCAAACUUACUGUAAAUGAUUUUGUGAGAGACAAGUUCACAGAUAAGGAUGACACAAUUCCUUUAUUUGCUGAGAUAAUGGCUGGGGCUUGUGCUGGGGGCUCUCAGGUAAUCUUUACCAAUCCACUGGAGAUUGUGAAGAUUCGCCUGCAGGUGGCAGGAGAGAUCACCACUGGUCCUCGCGUCAGUGCUUUGAAUGUGGUUCGAGACCUUGGCUUCUUUGGGCUGUACAAGGGGGCUAAAGCAUGUUUCCUGAGAGAUAUUCCCUUUUCAGCUAUCUACUUCCCAGUGUACGCACACACCAAGACCUACAUGGCUGAUGACCAAGGCCGGCUGGGACCUCUUCAGCUGUUGACAUCAGGAGCCAUUGCUGGUAUUCCUGCUGCCUCUCUGGUAACACCUGCCGAUGUUAUCAAGACUCGCCUUCAGGUGGCAGCGCGGGCUGGACAAACCACCUAUAAUGGCGUCACAGACUGCUUCCGGAAGAUCCUGAAAGAGGAAGGCUUCCGGGCUUUGUGGAAGGGAGCAGGAGCUCGUAUGUGUCGAUCCUCACCACAGUUUGGUGUGACACUGGUGACGUAUGAGCUCCUGCAGAGGUGGUUUUACGUUGACUUUGGCGGACAUCGCCCAGCAGGAUCUGAGCCGACUCCAAAAUCUCGGAUUUCAGAGCUCCCUCCCAUUAAUGCAGAUCAUGUUGGAGGGUACCGCCUGGCUGCUGCUACAUUUGCAGGAGUGGAGAACAAGUUUGGACUACAUCUCCCUAAAUUUAAGUCUUCUGGUGUUGUCUCUAUACAUCACCCAGAGUCGACCACUGCCAGUCCGGUUCAGGGACCAUAG